GAGGAGCUCCGCUGAGGCUGAAAGUUAAAGACUCUGACAGAGACCAAGAGGACAGCCAUGUUUUCAGCCAGACCAGAGAUCCAUCUGUGAAAGACAAAAGGCGGUCGCCCCCCUCUGCCAGAUCCCCCUCUGCCCCACAGCACAACCUUCACCACAGCGGCACCACAGACGAACAGGAGAGCCCCGAGAGAGUGGUACAGAAGAAGAAGCUCCAUGCAGAGCUGAAGCAGGUGCUGAGUCAGAAGAGAAGUCAUCUGAAAGAGUCGACCUGCCAACUGGCCCAACCAGAGAUGGACUCGGAGCUGACGGAUGAACAGACGAGUGUGGAUGAAGGCUCUAAGUUGGUGGAAAUUGUGGUGGAGACGGAAGCUGAGGCUGGAGCCAGCGGCUACAGUGUGACCGGUGGAGGACAGCGAGGGAUCUUCGUUAAAGACGUCCUCAAAGACUCUCCAGCUGCUAAACACCUCAGUCUUCAACAAGGUGACCAGCUGCUGAGCGCUAAGGUCUACUUUGACAACGUGAGGUAUGAAGACGCUCUGAAGAUCCUUCAGUGUGCAGAGCCAUAUAAGGUCAGCUUCCAGCUGAAGAGGACCAUCCCUGGAGCCGAGGUCAGCAUGCGGCCUAGAGUCCCUAGUGCUGAGGUCAAAGGUCCCAAAGCAAAGGUGGCCAAAAUGAGUCUGAAAGGCACCAAGACGUUUAAGACCCAGAAGAGAAGAGGUGGUCGUUUUGGUCUGAAGAGGCUGAAAGAGAAGCGCAGAGAAGAGCUGGUGAUGGAAGGCUCGCCCCCCAGGCUAGAGACGGGUGAUGUGGACGUGGAGUUUUCACUCCCUAAAUUCAAACAGAGAAAGGGUGGGAAGUUCGAAGUAGAAGGAGUCGGAGGAGCAGCAGCUGUGGGGAAGGUGAAGAGGAGGAUCAGGUUUCCACGCAUGAAAACAAAGAGUUACACUGGAGCAGAAACGGGACAACGUGAGGAAGAUCUGACUCCAUCUGAAUUAUCCGGAGCUAAAGUGAAAACUAAAGGAAAAGGACACAAGUUUGGAAUCAUGUUUCCAAAGGCCAAACACUCAAAGCCAGGUUCUGCUUCAGAAACUGGAUCUGCGGAGCUGAAGCCACCAGGAGUGAACAUCCAGCCACCGUCUGUGGAGUUCAGUUUGUCUGGUGAUAAAGACACAGAUGUUGGGAAGAGAGGUUCAAAGUUUAGCCCUCCUGAUGUGGAGUUUGCAUUCCCUUCAGGAAAAGCAGAGGCAUCUUUGCCCACCAUGAAGGGAACAGCAGAAAUCAAAGCUCCUAAAGUGGACAUCAAAGGAGGAGGUGAAGGGAAAAUUAAUGUAGAUGUAGGAAAAGGAGAUGCCAAGCUCAGAAUGCCAAAGCUGAAACUACCGAAGGUUCGACUUUCACGUCAUUCAGAUGAGAUUGAUGGUGACAUCAAGGCAAAAGCUGAGGGAAUGAAGAUGCCUCAUGCUGACAUAAAAACUCCUGAAGCAGAAAUGAGAGGAGAUGUGGAGAUUGGUCUUCCAAAAGCACACGUCACAACACCAAAAAUGGAAAGUGAUCUGUCCGGAAAAGCUCCAUCUAUUCAACUUCCAUCAGUUGAUAUUUCUUUACCAAAAGUGAAAGGAAAGUUUAACACAGAUUCCUCACGCCCAGAGUAUGAAGGUGCUGCGAAGGCAGGAGUCAACAUGCCUGCCAUCGACAUCUCCGGGCCAGAUGUUGACUUGGAUUUCAGCGUAGGACAGAGAAUUCCAGAUGAGGUGGAGGGCACUUUUAAAGGGCCCAAAAUCACCAUGCCAAAGGUUGAUAUCUCCUUACCAAAGAUGGGAACUCCUGAUGUGGAUAUUGAGAGUCCAGAAGGUGUAGGGAAAUCCAGCCUUCCUUCUGUUUAUAUCUUGCUCCCAAAGGUGAAAAAUGAUGGUAGAGAUGUGGAUAUGGACUACUAUGUUGGUGGAGAUGGAAAAUUUAAAAUGCCCGAUUUUGACAUAACUCUCCCAAAAAUGAAUACAUCGGAGGGAGAAGUGAAAGGUGAUUUCAAGUUGCCCAAUGUAGACCUGCAUCUUUCUAAAGGAGAAGCAGGAAUGACGGAUAAGGAAGGAGGAAGUUUUAAGUUACCAUCAUUUGACAUUUCACUCCCAAAAAUGAAGACAGGUGAAGUAGAAGUUGAUACCAGAGGACUUGAAGUGAAAGGCGGUAAAUUUGAAAUGCCUGAAAUUGAUAUUUCUCUACCCAAAGGCAAAAUGAAGGGAGACAUUGAAGUGGAAGGACAUGCUGGGAAGGGAGGCAAAUUCAAGUUGCCCACUUUUGAUGUAUCUCUGCCAAAGGUAAAACAACCGGAGGGUUACAUAGAAGGCCCUGAGUUUGAGUGUGGAGGUGAAAUCCAUAUGCCCUCUGCUGAUAUAUCCCUGCCAAAAGUAAAGACAGAGGGCAAGAUUGAAAUAGAGGCUCCAUCUGCAAAAGGAGGGAAGUUCAAAAUGCCUUCACUUAACGUUAAACUCCCCAAAAUAGAAACAUCUGGAGCUGAAGCUGACUUCCAAGGACCUCAGAUUAAAGGAGAGAAAAUUGAACUACCAUCAGCAGGCAUUUCUGUGCCAAUAACUCAGGGUGAAAUUGCAGCUGAAGGUAAAGUAAAGAAUGGCAAAUCCUUUAGCAUGCCCUCUGUAGACAUCUCCCUCCCAAAAAUGAAGCUUCCAGAAGGAAAUGUUAAGCUAGAAGGCCCUGAACUCGAGGGAGCAAAAUUCAACAUGCCUUCUCUUGACAUCUCUCUUCCUACAAUGAAAUCAUCUGAUGGGGAGGUAGAGAUCGAAGGUCCUGAGGUCAAAGGAGGAAAGUUCCAGUUGCCUUCUUUAGACGUUUCACUACCACAAGUUAAAAGUCAGGGAGGAGACAUUGAUAUCAAAGGUCCUGAGUUCAGAGUGAAAUCCCCAGAGGCAAAUUUAGACUUAAAAGGAAGUGAGAUUAAAGGAGGGAAAAUGAACAUGCCCACGAUUGACAUCUCUCUUCCAAAAGGAAAAUCAGAGGGCAAGAUGGAAAUUGAAGGACCCUCAGCAAAAGAGAGUAAGUUAAAGAUGCCUUCGUUUGAUGUGUCCCUUCCAAAGAUGAAGAUGCCAGGGGGAAAUAUUGGCUCUGGGGGACCUUCAGCUGACAUCUCUCUUCCAAAGGGUAAAGCAGAGGUUGACAUAGAAACUAAAAAGAAAGGAGGACAUUUUCAUAUGCCCUCUGUUGAUGUUUCUCUCCCAAAAAUGAAGUCAAAGCAUGUUGACAUUAAGGUUGAAGGGCCUGAAAUUAAAGGUGGGGGAAUAAAACCGCCAAAUAUUGACAUCUCACCUCCUCAAGGGACAUUCAACGCUGAUAUCACAGUUGAUGGUAAAGGAAAAGGAGGUGAAUUUGAUCUUCCAUCUGUAGAUAUGAACUUACGUGGAGUAAAAUUCCCAGAAAGAGAAGUGAAUUUUCAAGGUCCCAAAGUCAAAGGUGGAAAGUUUGAUAUGCCAAAGAUCAACCUUACAUUUCCAAAAGGAAAUGGAAAGGGAGAUAUUGAUAUUGACAUACACUCUGGAAAAGAUGGAAAUAUUGAAAUACCAUCAGGACAAGUCCAAGCUGGCGUCAAUGUUGAAGGACCUGAGGGAAAAAUGGGAAAAUUCAAAAUGCCCAAAUUUGAUAUUGGUUUUCCAAAACUGAACCUGCCAGAGGGCGAUGUCAAAGUUGAUGGUCCAGAGAUUAAAGGAAGAAUGGAAAUGCCAGCUGUUGCGAUUUCCUCUCCAAAAGGAAAAAUAGAGGCUGAUGUUGAUACUGAUGGUCAUGAGGUUAAAGGACCCAAAUUCCACAUGCCUGGAAUCAACAUUAAUCUACCUAAAAUAAAAUCGAAGGAAGUGAGUGCUGAUAUUAAAGGACCAGAAGGGGAAAGGUUUGACAUGCCAUCAGUGGAUGUUUCAGUGCCUAAAAUAAAACCUCCUGUGGUAGAUGUCAGUUUGGAGGGUCCAGAUGUUAAAGGAGACAUUGAUAUUUCACUUCCAAAAGCAAAAGGUGACUUUGGCAUCAACAUUGAAGGUCCUGAAGGAAAAGGAGGAAAGAUAAAGAUACCAAAAUUUGACAUUUCAUUACCAAAAGUAAACUUUCCCGAAGGAGAUGUUAAAUUAAAAGGGCCUGACCUGAAGGGUAAAAAGAUUGAGCUACCAGACAUAGAUCUUUCAGUUCCAAAAGGAAAAGUUGAGGGAGGGAUUGAAAUUGAUGGGCAUGGUAGUAGAGGAGGGAAGUUCCAUAUACCUUCUGUCGAUUUCUCUCUACCUAAAAUGAAAGCUAAAGGACCAGAGGUCAACAUCAAGAGUCCUGAGCUCAAAGAAGCAAAAAUCAACAGCCCAGACAUUGACAUUUCACUUCCCAAAGGAAAGGCAGAAGUUGACAUCAAUGUUGAAGGUCCCGAGAUAAAAGGGGGAAAAUUUAAAAUGCCCAAAUUUGAUAUUUCCCUGCCAAAGACAAAGAUGCCAGAAGGCAAUGUGGAAACACCAGAUGUUGAUAUUUCACUAUCAAAAGGAAAGCUAAAAGGAGAAGUUGAUGUUGACAGUAGUACCAAUACAGGAGGGAAGUUUCAUGUGCCCUCCUUUGACAUCUCUCUACCUAAGAUGAAAACAAAGGGAGCUGAUGUUGACAUUGAAGGGCCAGAAUUUAAAAGUGGCAUUACUCUACCAGAAGGAAAAAUUGAAGGUGACCUAAAUAUUUCUGGCCCUGCUCUUAAAGGAGGAAAGUUUAACCUUCCACCUUUUGACAUUUCAUUUCCAAAGGGAAAAGCUGAAGGUGACAUUGACAUUGAAUCACCUGAGGUGAAGGGCAGUAAGCUUAAAAUGCCAACAUUUGAUGUGUCUUUGCCCAAGGUGACUCUUCCAGAGGGUGGUCUGAAACUUAAAGGUCCAGACCUCAAAGGAGGGAAGAUUGAGAUGCCAGAUACUGACAUAUCCUUACCCAAAGGAACAGCAGGGGGAGAGACUGAAACAGGACAAGCUGUCAGAGGAGGCAAGUUCCACGUCCCAUCUAUUGACAUUAAUCUCCCUAAAAUGAAAGCAAAAGGACCAGAGAUCAAUGUUGAGGGUUCUGAAGUUAAAGGUGGAAAACUAAACAUGCCAUCCCUUGAUGUUUCCCUGCCCAAAGUAAAAGCUCCUGACUUCAGCGUAAGUCUUGAGGGUCCUGAGGUUGACAUCAAUGUUGAAGGUCCUGAAGUGAAAGGAGGAAAAUUCAAAAUGCCUAAAUUCAAUGUUUCUUUACCAAAAGUAUGUCUCCCAAAAAUGGAUACCAAUGUGAAAGGGCCUGAAGUCAAAGGAAAGAUUGAAAUGCCAACUGCUGAUAUUUCCCUCCCAAAAGCAAAGACUGAUGUGGAUAUUGAAGUGGACUGUGGUAAAGGAAGUAAGUUUCACAUGCCCUCAUUGGAUAUCUCUCUUCCUAAAAUCAAAGCAAAGGGAGUGGAUGUUGAUAUUCAUGGGCCUGAACUCAGAGGUGAUGUUUCCAUCCCCAAAGUAAAGUCUCCAGAAGUAGAUAUCAGUCUCAAGGGCCCUGAGGUUGCAGGAGGGAAUAUUGACUUGCCAAAUGUUGAUAUUUCACUUCCCAAGGGAAAAGUUGAGGGUGACUUAAAUUUUAAGGGUCCUGAGCUGAAGGGUGAGAAGUUUAAAUUACCAAAGUUUGAUGUGUCUUUACCAAAGAUGAGUCUCCCAGAAGGUGACAUCAAAAUACAAGGCCCAGACAUCAAGGCAGGUAAGAUUGAGAUGCCAGAUAUUGAUAUUUCACUCCCAAAAGGAAAAGCUCAAGGAAACAUUGAACUUGAAGGAUAUGCUGGGAAAGGAGGAAAAUUCAAUAUGCCAACACUUGAUAUUUCUCUUUCUAAAUUUAAAGCCAAGGGCUCAGAGAUAGAUAUUAAAGGUCCUCAACUUCAGGGUGGCAAAAUCAACAUGCCUGGUGUUGAUCUUUCACUUCCAAAAGGAAAAGUUGAUGUUGACCUCAGCAAUGAAGGCCCAGACGUCAAAGGUGGAAAAUGUAAAAUGCCCAACAUAGAUGUUUCUCUUCCAAAGUGGAGUCUACCAGAGGGCAAUGUCAAAGUUGAAGGACCAGAUGUUGGAGGAAAGAUAGAAAUACCAACCAGUGAGAUCUCACUCCCAGAAGGAAAAGUAAAGAUGGAUGUUGAUAUUGAGGGACAUAUGGGUAAAAGAGGCAAAUUUCACAUGCCGUCAAUUGAUAUUUCUCUUCCUAAAAUGAAGGUGAAGGGAGCCGAUGUUAAUGUUGAUAGACCUGAACUUGAAAGUGACAUUUCAGUUCCAGAAGGAAAAUUUGAGGGUGACAUUCACGUUGAAUCACCUGAGUUAAAAGGAAGCAAACUUAAAAUGCCAACACUUGAUGUGUCUUUGCCCAAAGUGAAUCUUCCAGAGGGUGAUCUCAAACUUAAAGGUCCAAACCUCAAAGGAGGGAAGAUUGAGAUGCCAGAUAUUGACCUAUCCCUUCCCAAAGCAAAAGCAGGAGGAGACAUUAAAACUGGCAAAGGAGGCAAGUUCCACAUGCCAUCUAUUGACAUUAAUCUACCUAAAAUGAAAGCGAAAGGACCAGAGAUCAGUGUUGCGGAUCCUGAAGUUAAAGGCGGAAAACUAAACAUGCCAUCCCUUGAUGUUUCCCUGCCCAAAAUAAAAUCUCCAGACUUCAGCGCAAGUCUUGAGGAUCCUGACCUGGAAGGAAAAAAGGUUAAAAUCCCAACUGUUGAUGUUUCUGUUCCCCAAGAAACUGCUGAGUUUGGCAUCGAUGUUGAAGGUCCUGAAGUGAAAGGAGGAAAAUUCAAAAUGCCUAAAUUCAAUGUUUCUUUACCAAAAGUGGAUCUCCCAAAGAUGGAUACCAAUGUGAAAGGGCCUGAAGUCAAAGGAAAGAUUAAAAUGCCAACUGCUGAUAUUUCCCUCCCAAAAGCAAAGACUGAUGUGGAUAUUGAAGUGGACAGUGGUAAAGGAAGUAAGUUUCACAUGCCCUCAUUGGAUAUCUCUCUUCCUAAAAUCAAAGCAAAGGGAGUGGAUGUUGAUAUUCAUGGGCCUGAACUCAGAGGUGAUGUUUCCAUCCCCAAAGUAAAGUCUCCAGAAGUAGAUAUCAGUCUUAAGGGCCCUGAGGUUGCAGGAGGGAAUAUUGACUUGCCAAAUGUUGAUAUUUCACUUCCCAAGGGAAAAGUUGAGGGUGACUUAAAUUUUGAGGGUCCUGAGCUGAAGGGUGAGAAGUUUAAAUUACCAAAGUUUGAUGUGUCUUUACCAAAGAUGAGUCUCCCAGAAGGUGACAUCAAAAUACAAGGCCCAGACAUCAAGGUGGGUAAGAUUGAGAUGCCAGAUAUUGAUAUUUCACUCCCAAAAGGAAAAGUUCAAGGAAACAUUGAACUUGAAGGACAUGCUGGGAAAGGAGGAAAAUUCCAUAUGCCAGAAAUAUCUCUUCCAAAGAUGAAAGCAAAAGGACCACAAGUUGAAGUAGAAGGUACUGAAACUGGAAGUGGGAAAAUCAACAUGCCUGAUGUUGAUGUUUCACUUCUUGGGGGAAAAGCAGUCGCUGACCUGGAUACCAAGGGUCUAGAAGUAAAAGGAGGCAAAUUCAAAAUACCCAAAGUUGGUAUUUCAAUUCCAAAGAUUAACCUUCCAGAAGGUGACAUCUCAUUGGAAGGACCAAAGAUGAAGGGGGGAAAGGUCACCAUACCAGCUGUUAAUAUUUCACUUCCAGAAGGAAAGGUGGAAGGGGAUAUUAAUAUUGAAGGGUCUUCCAGAAAGGGAAAGUUUGAAGUGCCGAAAGAUAAAGUUGAUAAAAAAAGUGGAGGACUUCACAUGCCAAGUAUUGACAUAAAUCUGCCCAAAUUUGACCUCAGCCUCUCCUCUGGAGUGAAAGACAAAGACCUCCAAGUGGAGACCAUUGGCCCUGAUGCAUCAGGUGACUUAAAAAUGUCAGGUCUCAAAGGAGAUAUCAGACCUGCCACAUUGAAAAUUACAGGUAAAGACAUAGAGACAGGUGAUGUGGAAGGUCCAGGUUCAUCCAUCAAACUUCCCACAAUCAAACUGCCAACAGUUGACAUCUCAGCACCAAAAGUGGACUUUGGCCUUAACAAACCAAAAGUUGAUGAUGUGGAAGUAGAGCUUCUGAAAGCAGAAGGGGGUAGACCUUCUUCAGGGGGUAGCUUUGAUCUACCUGAAGUCUCCCUUAAAGUCCCUAGUUUCACUCUCCCCAGGUUUGGUGGAAAGUCAAAGAGUGGUGAAUUAGAGAUAUCAGGACCAAAAGGAGAUGCCACCCUCAAUCUUCCACACAUGGAAGGGGAGAUUAGGGCACCAUCAGUAGAGUUUGAUGGAGAUGGAAAAGUGAAGGUGAAAAAACCUAAAAUCAAAAUACCUUCAUUUAGAAUAUCUAGAAAGGACACAGAUGUAUCAGUGUCUUGUCCUGAUGUCGAUGUCAAAACAAAAAAGGGAAAAGCUGACAUUCCUAAAUUGGACUUAAAUGCUGAGAGCUCAGGCGACAAGACAAAACCCAAACUGAAAUUCCCCAAGUUCAAGAUAUCAUCACCAAAGGUUCAACUCCCAGAGGGAGAGGUUGAUGCUAAAGUGGAAGCAAAUGUGGAGGGGAAAGGUGGCUUCCAUGCACCUGAUGUCACUGUCAAACUACCAAAGUUUUCCAUUGGGUCUAAAGAAAAAGAGUUAAGUAAGCCAAGUAGUGAAGUGGAAGGUAAGGCUAAAGUCAAAAUGCCAUCUGUGGAGCUGUCACUACCAGCAGCGAAAACACCAGAGACUGAGGUCCUUCUCCCCAAAGCAGAAGUGGAUGUUUCAGAGGCUGAUAUUAAAGGUUAUGAAGGAAACCUUAAAAUUCCCAAGAUGCCAAUAAUUGAUGUUUUCAUUCCCAAAAUAGACCUGGAUGUGUCCAUGCCAAAAGGAAAGUCCCAAAAGAUUGAGGGACCAGAUGUGGAGGUAAAAGGAGGUGAAGGGAAAUUCAAGAUUCCUCAAAUAACAAUGCCAACGAUAGAUGUGUCCCUUCCAAAAGGUAAAUCUGGGGAUCUUCAUGCACCAGAAGUUGAAGCAGAUGUUGAUGGAGGCAAAUUUAAAAUGCCAUAUGUCAAAAUGCCAACUGUUGAUAUAAGCUUACCAAAAGGAAAAACGGGAAAAGUUGAUCUUCCAGGUCUUGAUAUAGAACAAGAUGGUGGCAAAAUAAAAAUGGCUGGUAUCAAAAUGCCUGAAAUUGACAUUAAAGGAAAGUCUGGGAAAUUAGAAGGACCAGAUGUUGAAAUUGAAAGUGGAGGAAAGAUAAAGAUGCCACACAUCAAAAUGCCACGCGUUGACAUCAGUCUUCCAAAAUUGAAAACUACAGAGGUUGAGACUCAUGGGUUGGAUGCAAAUGUUGAUGAAAAAGGAACUAAAUUCAUAAAGCCCCAUUUCAAUAUGCCUUCCAUUGACAUCAAUCUUCCAAAAGCAAAGAAUGAAGCCCCAGAAGUUGAAAUGGAGGGAAGUACAGAGAGAAGGUUCAAAAUGCCCAAUAUUGACAUCUCUCUUCCAAAAGGAAAAAUCAAAGGCACUGAAUUAUCUGAAAUAGAGAUGGAUGCACAAGGAGGAGGAAAACUCAAAAUGCCUUACAUAAAAAUGCCAGGUAUUGAUACUUCUCUGCCCAAAGGAAAUACUGAAGGUCCAGAGAUCGAAAUCAAGGGAGAAGGUGGAAAAUUCAAGAUGCCACAUGUUGUCAUGCCCUCUGUUGACAUCUCACUUCCGAAAGGAACGAUUAAAGGUCCAGAUGUAGAGAUGGAGGGAUGCUCUGAUGGGAAAUUCAAAAUGCCUUCUUGGAAAAUGCCAGAUGUUGAUAUUUCUCUUCCCAAGGGAAAGACUGAAGGUCCACAGGUGGAGAUCAAAGGAGAAAGAGGAAACUUUAAGAAGCCACACAUCAGUAUGCCUUCUGUCGACAUUUCACUACCCAAAGGAAGAGUUGAAUGUCCCAGUGCUGAAAUAGGAGAUGGAGGAGAGGAAUCCAAAGCACCAUAUAUGAAAAUGCCAUCAGUUGACGUUUCAGUGACCAAAGGGAAGUUUGAAAGUCCUGGUUUUGAAAUGAAGGGAGAUGUGGAAGGAAAUUUCAGAAUGCCUCAUUUGAAAAUCCCAAAUGUCGACUUCUCUUUGCCCAAAGGAAAAGAUGGUGCAGAGGUUGAAAAUAAAGGAGAAGGGGAGAGAUUUAAGAUGCCACACAUCAGUAUGCCUUCAGUUGACAUUUCAUUACCUAAAGGAAAAACUGAAGGUCCAGAGUUAGAGAUGGGAGAUGUGGGAGGGAAAUUCAAAAUGCCUCAUAUGAAAAUGCCAAAUGUUAACAUAUCUCUACCUAAAGGAAAAUCUGGACAAAUAGAAGGAACAGAGCUGGAGAUUGAGGGAGGCAAAUUCAAAAUGCCACAUGUAGACAUUUCUCUCCCAAAAGGAAAGACUGAAAGUUCCAACCCUGAUAUUCAGAUUGAGGGAGGAAAGUUUAAGAUGCCAAAAGUUGACAUCACUCUUCCAAAAGGAAAAACUUCCAUCAAAGGUCCAGAGGUGGAUGUAAAGGGAGACAGAGGACAAAUCAAAAUGCCAAAUGUUGACAUAUCUAUCCCUACAGAAAAAGUAAAUAUUGACUUACCUCCACAGAAAAUGGAAGCAGAGGGAGGAGUCAUCAAACCUCCACAUAUAAAGAUGCCAAAAGUUGAUAUUUCACUUCCUAAAGGUAAAACUAAAGAUAAAGAAACCCCUUCUGUAGAGAUGGAAGUCACAGGUCCAGAUGUUAAACUCGGAAAAGGAGAGAUGAACUUACCGAGUGUUGAAGUGAAAGGUAGACUUAAAGGACCACAAGGAGGCACUUCAGAUGUGGACGCAGAAGCUGAUUUGCACAGUGAAGGAGAGCAUAGAGUUCUGAAACUAAAAAUGCCAACAAUAGACAUCAAAAGUCCAAAAGCAGAUCUGGAGCUUGAUAUAGGACUUCCCAGAGGAGAGGGGAAAAGGGACAAGAAAAAGGAAGAGCUACCUGCCGUGGAUCUGAACACAUCAGGAGCCAGCGGUAAAGUAAAGGGUCUGAAAGUCAAAGGAAAAAAAUUCAAGAUUGGAAAAGGAAAGAAAAAAACUGGUGGAGAUGGAUCAACAGAAGCAAAACCAGGCAGCGAAGAAGAAUCAGGUGGCCAAGUCAAACAUAAUGGACAUACAGAUGACAAAAAUCGGGUUAACAUCCCAACACCUGAGGUUAUGCUACCAAGUGUUGGUUUGAAAACAGGAACAGGAGGAGAGGGAGGUCACUCAUCUUCCAGUGCAGAGAUCAAAGUCCCCAGGAUACCAGACAUAGAGUUUGACAUCGGUACAUCACAAGAUGAAGAUGAUGACCAAACAGAAAAAGACAAGAAAAUCAAAAUCCCCAAGUUUGGUGUCGCAUUACCCUCCAUCUCUUCUCCUGAGAGAAGGAUGAAUGUCUACGGGCCAGAAAUUCAGUAUGAGGGCCCGAAAAUGCCCAAAGUAAAGAAAGCUGUGUUUGUCCUGGUAAAUCCUCCCGAAGCAGAUGAAGCUGCUGCAAACAAAGGCAACCAGAAGGAGGAAGCAAAAGCUGAAGCUGAGACAGAGGAUGUCAAAGUGAAGAUACCCAAAAUCAAAAUGAAGCCAAGUUUUGGUAAAUCCAAAGACAAAUCAGCUGCAGUGAGUGGAGAAAAAGAAGGAGAGGAUGAGGAGAAGUCAAAGGGAGGGAAGAUAAAAAUGCCCAAAGUCUCAUUUUCUUCUGGAAAAUCAGGGUCGUUUGAUGUUAGUGUCAAAGGCGACAGUCCGAGUUCAAGUCUCAACGGAGAAAAAUAUGCAAGUCCAACCAAGGGCUCAAAGGAUGAUAAAGGGACAUUCAGCAGUAAAAUCAAAUUUCCAAAGGUCGAGUUAACCAGUCCAUACGGCAAGAUGGCUGCAGAGGAGGAGGUCACAGGAACAAGCACAAAAACUGGAAAGGAUUCAUCACCGAGAGUGGAGAGAGGAGACGUCAAAAUCAAACCAGGCAAAGUGCUGGUUGCAGGCUCCACGACAGAUUCCUCCAAGCAUGUGGUGUCGUCUCAUGCCAGGACAGAAAUGCUGGACAGGGACAGCUCAGAGUCCCCUGAUGUUUUUAGCACCGAGUUCAGUUCAACAAAGGUUCAGAUGUGGGGCGAGAUGGAGAGCAUGAGCAGAGAGACUGAAGAAAGAGAGUCUUCUCCCUGGUUCAAGGUCCCAAAGCUCACACUGAAGCCUCACUCCUCAGGCUUUCUCCAGAUAACCCCGGAGGGCUCUCCUCAGGCCCAGCGGCGGGGCGAGGUGGGAGGCGAGGUCGACGUCUCGGGGUCUUUCUGUCUUCACACCUCCGGGCUCGACUUCGCCACCCAGAAAAUGUCUGAGGAGCACCACACCUCCUCCACGGAGGAGGGAACUGUCACCAUGGUGACCAAGACUACCAGAAUCACCCGUCACCUGGUUACCAGUGAAACGCGAACAGGUGAAUCUUCAACUACUUCAACAACAACCCGCCAGGUUUUGGACUUCGACUACUGAGGAUGCUGUACUGAUAACUUUAAUGUGUUUUGAUUUGUUUGUUGUAUUUUAUUUUGUUUGUGUGUUUUUUUGUUUUCAUUCUGCUGAGGUUGCAGUGUUCUUGUAAACUCAGCCUUCAGUGUGGCAAACCUCCAUUUAAUAAGUCUAAUUUUAUAUUCUAACCGGCUGUAUCAACCAGCAUUACUGUCAUUAUUACAGCAACAGAGUAAUAUAUAUAAACUUUUUUUUUAUUUUACAUGUUUUUGUUACUGUAUUUUGAGUUUUGUUUUAUUCAAAUUAUUUAUCCAGUUUGGUUUUAAGAAUUUCUUUUUGAAUGUGAACAUGUCAGGUUGCUUUAUCAUCUAUUUAUUCGUUUGUUUAUUCGAGAUUUGCUGGAGUUAGUUGCUUACAUCACUAUAAUGGACUAGUUUAUGAUUUAUAACAUAGUACAGGCCACAGUAAUACUUAUGUAAAUAUAUCCAUAUUAUUUUUGGAGAAGUUUCCCUUCAAUCCAAAAUGUAAUUAUUUUCAUAUUCAUCCAAGUCAGGAGGAGAAAUAAUAUUUUUGUGUGAGCUUUUUGAUAUUCUAGCAUAUUCUAAUUUUCUGCCAUAGAUUUAUAUGAAAGGCAUUUAGCUGCUGUUGUUUCCCAGCACUGACACAGUGACAAGUUCUUUUUUUUCUGCUGUGGGGAUCAAACCUGUGACCUUCUGGAUGCAGAUUGCUCUCAAACAUUUUGGCCGACAUGCUGCUAAUCCAUUACAUUUUCAUGUAUUUGCUGUCUGAAAAGUUCACCACUGUAUAUUUUGUGGAUGAAUAGCUUCAGUUUCCAGAUACACCAGAGUGCUGCUGUUAUUUUUAAAGCUUGAUUGCAAACUUGUGAAUUUUAAAAUAUAUGAAACAUCAGCAUCUGCCAGAAAUUUGGGGGAUCAAAAUUGGAAAGUCUGCCGAUUCUAGAAAUGAAACCGCCAAAUUUAGUUUCUGUAAGGCUGCUGCAAUGAGACUAGUAAAGGAGUGGCGAGCCUUCAUCAUGUUCAAAAGCCAGAUGAGUUACAAAACAUUGAUUAAAAAGGGAGAAUCAAGACUUGAUAUCUUUUGAUUGAAGUGCAUCACAUAAGCUGAUGUUAAGUUAAACUACUUUGAAAAAUAUACACAAAAUAAUAAAGUAUUUACAUUAAGUGCAUACACCCUUUAAUUUUUUAAAAGUUAUGUGUUUUAAAGUAAAAAUGUCUUUGAGAUGGAAGGAAAGAAGCAUUGUGCUGCUGAUUAGAUAUGUGCCCCUUUAUUGACACAUUAAAUUUUCAAAUGUAGAACUCAUCGAGAACAACUUGUAACACGUUUGGCAUAAAAUGAAAAAUGACUGUCUUGAUUUUUUUUUCUUCUUCUUUUUUCUUCAAGUGGUUGUAAAACAUUUCAGAAUGAGCAUCUUCAUUUUUAUUUUACUUGGUUUACUUUGCUUGGUUUGUAGAUUGAACGAAACUGUGUGAUGAAAAUGCACGAAGAAGUACAGAUAAAUCCCCUCCCUUUAACACUUUUACUGUUUUGCAGCUGGGAAAUAGAAAAAAUUGACAAAGUAACACACUGAGUGGUAUCUACUGUAUGUGUAUAGAGAUUUUUUUUCUUUCUGGUUUAAGUCUUUGCGUUUCUUUAGACUUUAAGGGUUUAAGUGCCAAGUAUUUUGUCAGAGCUGCAUUGGAAGGAAUGUUGUUUAAGAUGUUACAUAAAUAAAAUAAGAUCCACAC